UCAGUCAUCACUGCGCGCGGAUUCUUGCUCUGGAAACUCCUGCACCUCUCUCUGACGACGACUCAUGGGCUGCGACGCCGGCGUCGUCUGUUUGGGGGUUUCCAUUGUCUGGGCUGCUGCUACACUUCUGCGACAAAGAGAGGUGGCAACAAACGGAGAUUUUUUUUUAUUUUCACAUCUUUUAGUUUCGUAGUUUGCAGAACUAAAUGUCUACCUAAAAAACUGCAAAUCUGUACUUGUGUAGCCGUUACAAAUGUCUAUUGCCAAAUGAAUUUUGCAGUAGGUCAAGGGUUAGACCCUUGCCAUCGUUUAUUAAGCUAUAGCCAGAUGAAACAGCUAUAUAUGGUAGAACCUAAUUUCUGGCAAACAAAAAUGUGUUUAAUUUAAUUAAGGUCUUGUUUAGUUCGCGAAAAGAUAGGAAAUUUUUUGGGUUGGGAAGCGUAUUCUGUGAGAGGUGGCACGGUCUACGACUGAAAAAAAUUUAGGAACCUUUUGGGGACUAAACAGGGCCUAAAUGCAAUUUAUAUAAGUAAAUGGUUUAGGGUUAGUAUACAUUUGAUUGCAUCGAAAAAAAGGUUUGUUGCUUUAAACGUAUAAAAAUUGUGCUGUAGGAGUCGCUCGACAACAAUAUAUGAUGCAAAUUAUGUAAUAAUAAUAACAGUGUGACAAUGUUUACAUAGUUUUGGAUUUGUGUAACGUGCACUACUCUUUCUAUGUAUUUAAACAGUUGAUUACUGGAAAAUACUAGUCUAUUUUAGUUGUAGUUUAACCACUUUACUUUUGAGUAAAAUUUGCAUAAAUUUCUAAGCACAUCAAAUUUAUGACCAUAGUUGAAUCGCACAAGGGCAGGGAUUUUCCAAACAUGCACACAUUUGUUAAUAAAUAUACAAAAUAGUUUUUAUAGGUUAUAAUCAACUAAGUUUUUUUACACAAUCAAAUGUGCCUAUACAAGUUACCAUUUUUAUUGCCCAUAAUGCUAUAAAUAAAUCACCUUUUUUAUUUGACGGGAAUUAGCUCCUAGCACCUUAUAGUCAUUUCAAAUAGCUAUAGCCAAAUGAAAUGGUGGUAAGGGUUCGUUUGAAACAGAUAAAUGCGUACAGAUUAGCGAAUUACAUUGGUAGGCAUUUAUUUAUGCAAAAUUGGAAAAAAAAUCAACAAACGGACCCUCUACGUACUACUAGUGUCAUAGGAUUUGUUGGAUCUUUGGAUUAGUUAGAUUUAGAAUACAGUAAUUCAUCGUUUUUCUUGCGGGAAAUCCUAUUCAUCUAGAGAAAGAUGGGGUAGAGUAUUAGAUUGGACCUCUUGUUACGUGCCCUUGCCACAGUUACGAAUUACAUGCAUGCUUUAUAUUUUCUGCUAAAUCAUAUUCUGCCUAUACAUUAUGGAAUCACAUGAUAUUAUGAUAUAAGCAUAGCUCCAAAUGUAGAUUUUCCCUGUUCCUCUACUUGAGCUAUUGCCAUUUUUUUGCUAUUGUAUUAUAACCUAAACAAAAGCAUCUGCUGUUAAUUUCAGGUGCUGGUGGAAAUUAAGGGGUACUUAUUCUGUUUUUCCGUUAGAUCAGUGCAUAAAAGCAACUAUAAAGUGUGUGCUAGCUUUUGCAAUGUUAAGAGUCCUCUUGGUUGAUUUGGCAUUCACUCGUCGUUAGUUCUAUUCAAUUUAGAAAGUGUUCAACAAGAUGAGAACUAGAUAUCCGUUUUACCUUUUCAGUGUAUACACACAAUUCUUUUAAUGAUUGCUUAAGUAACUUUGCAUCUAGGCUUAGCGCGACAACUUGUUCUGUAUAAACAAUGUAUUUACGCAUCGAUAUCUAUUCUUGCAUCCCCUGUUUACUAGAUACGGGUUCUUGCUUCUACUACCGCUUGGAACCGUUGACUUUUUGUAUCGUUGCCUAGCUAUAUAUAACAUUCUUGUCUAAAUAAUUAUGAUGCUCACUCAGAAUGAAGAUCUUUGUGAGGAGCCCCAUCGGCAGGACAAUGUGUCUCAGAGUCCAACCAUCAGAUACCUUGCAUAGUGUUAAGGCAAAAAUUCUAGAAGAACAGUGCCUUGUCUUUGAUGGAAAGCAACUAGAUGACAACCUUACAUUGGCAGAUUAUGACAUCCACCAUCAAUCUACUCUUGACCUCCAAGAAAAGAUGCAGAUCUAUGUAACAGAUACACUAGCCGGAAAGAACAUCACGCUUAAGGUUCAUAGCUUAGAUACUAUUGACAAUGUGAAGGCCAAGCUUGAAUAUAGUGAAGGAUUUCCUAAGGGUCAGCAAUGCCUCAUUUUUGGCAACAAACAGCUAGAGGACAAUUCCACCUUAGUAGACCACAACAUUUGCAAGGAGUCCACCCUUCUCCUUGUUCUCCACCCAAUUCCAGGCCUGAUGCGGAUCUUCGUGAAGACACAACUUGGGACAACCAUCGCUCUUGCGGUUAACAGCUCGGAUACUGUUGACAAUGUCAAGGUGAAGAUCCAGGAGAAGGACGGUAUUCCUCCCGACCAGCAACGCCUCAUCUAUCAUGGCAAGCAGCUGGAGGACGGCCGCACCCUAGCAGACUAUGACAUACAAAAUGGGUCUACGGUCCAUAUGGCGCUUCGGCUUCGAGGUUCUUGAGAUGGAUGUCAUACAUGUUCACUCAACAAUAAGUCUCUUCUGCUACAGUCUUAUUCUUUUCCAUGCCAGCAGAAAGUAGCUGCGUGUCAGUACUCAGUAAAACCAUCAUUGUACUACGGUCUUGUUCAUUCAAGUUGCGGUGUGUUUAUCAGUAAAACUUUCUUCGUCGUACAUUAAUGUGUGAAAUCAUCAAGAGUAGCCCCGUACUCCGGGUCUGUCUUGACAUCAGUUGAUUGAGAAAUAUAUAUAGAUCUUUUUUUUUGAAAGAAA